AAUCUUAGCAACAUGUGGUCCGGCGUUUUGAUCAAUAAAGUCAAAAAAGAAAUGGAGGCUCGCAUUGACAUUUUUGUCGCUCCCUCUCUCUCUCUCCUCUUGAAAUCUUCCAUGCCACUGUAUACGUCGCCGGAAUGGAUUAAGCGCUUUCAACUCGAGACGUUAGUCGUUUUGGAAGCCAGAGAGGGAGAGAUUUUCUUCUGGGGAGGGUUUGAUUUGAAGGGUUGAAUUGGAGGAGCGGUUAAAUUUUGAGUUUGGGAUCGAUGGAGAGAGACUUCCUGGGUUUGGGCUCGAAAUUAGGUUCUUCGGUGAAAGAGGAGCCUGUUGAUGUUCAGGGAUGCGAGGAUUCAGCGCUGGUAAAGGAUUCGGGUAUGCAAUGGCCCCUCUCAGACAAGGUCUCUGCCUUUCCCCAAUUCCUUUCUUUCAAAGCUACUCAGGAAGACAUGCUAAGAAAGAUUGCUCAUGAUCCUUUUGUGAGCACGACUGAUGGUCUUGACUCUAAUCAUGAUCUGUUGUCUGCUGCUGUGCAGAACAACUUGAGUCUGGAUAGUAAGCAAGUGAGAUCUCAUUAUACUACGCUAGGGAAUCCUAUGCAACACUUUGAUCUGCAUUCGGCCCAUCAAUCUUGUGAAAUGAAGGUAUUUUCAGUCUCCAACCAACCAAACCAAACAAUUUCGGUUGGUAUGAGUGCUCCUAUUUUCCAGUCCCCUACUCUUCCUUCAGCUGGAAAGAAUGUGGUCGGUUCUGCCUUAAACUCACAAUCUGUGGUAGGGGCUCCAACUACAGCUCCUGUUUUAAGUUUUCCCUGCAGCAGUUCCAUGAUUGGUACUACCAAUCUAAGAAAUGAGUCAAAAACCUCUGGGCAACCUGCACAAUUGACCAUCUUUUAUGCUGGUUCAGUGAACGUCUAUAAUGAUAUAUCUCCUGAGAAAGCUCAGGCUAUAAUGGCGCUGGCUGGCAAUGGUUCUUAUUUCACUCCUCCAAACACAACACUUCCCCCAACUCAAGCUAAGACACAAUUGCUGAGGCCUCCCAGUGCUAAUGAUUUUAUUGGGAACCUGCCCCAUGUUAGCUCACCUUCCACUGCUCUUUCUAGCCCUAUCCCUAUAACAUCUGAUUCUGCUCCUCUGUCAGGGGGAGUUUCUGCUAGCACCAAUGAAAUAGAAGCAGUAAAACCAGUCAAAGCUUUAGUUUUGCCAUUCAACCAAGCAGGGCAGGCUCCAACCCUAGUUCCAUCAGCCGUGCCUCAGUUUCGUAAAGCAUCCUUGACACGAUUUUUAGAGAAGCGCAAGGAGAGGGCGAUGACUGCCUCACCUUACAACGCCAACCAGAAAAAUCCUGAAUGCAGCAUGGGUGGUACGAGCAUGAUUUAGUCAGCAAGCUAGAGCUCUGAACUGCAGAAGGAGAAAGAGCCAAAGCAAUCAUCAUACUCAGUGUGUAAGCAGGAGGGCUAGCAUCAAUCUUAAUUUUUAUUUUUAGUUCUCAGUUCAUUUCUUUUUGAAAGGGUGGGCCUUGGAUCAAUGGUAAGGUUGUUCCUUUAUGAUCAGUUAGUCUCUGAUUCAAUUUCAAGGAAACAGCCCCUCUGCAUAAAAGCAGGGGGACGCCCAUUUUUAGUUCAUUCCUUUUUUGCUCAGUUAAAGCCUCUGAGAUACAUGAUUCUAUGUAAAUGUUGUUUUGAUCAAGUCUUUUGGUCCAAAACACUGAUACUGCUGUAAUUUAUUAUUUGUUAAUUUCUGUUCUAUUGUAAGAAAUGGAUGACAUUUUACGCAUAAGUUUGUUUAAUUCUUGAAAACAAAUUAUUAGCCAUUACCA